AUGUUUGAUGAUGUGCUCGAUGCUGUUGAGCCUCUGCAACAUUCCUCGUUUUGGGCGGACUCUGGCAAAUUGAUCAUGAGUUCGAACGCACCGAAGAUACUACAUGAAAGACAUGGGUAUCCGAUCAACUUCUUAGAUUGCCAGACUCUCCUAGGCAUUCUCUAUGCGCAUUUAAGGGAAUGUCAGGAUAAAGUACUCGUAAAUAAAAGAGUCACUCAAGUCACACACCACCCAACGCAUAUUGUUGCCGAAUGCGAAGAUGGUUCUUCCUAUCAGGGCGACUUGAUCGUUGGGGCCGAUGGUGUUCGGAGUGGCGUCAGGCAACAAAUGUGGAACUAUAUGGUAUCCCUGGGUCUCUCCAAGGAGAUUGCACCAGACAUGAGAACCAUGAUUUCGGAAUACGACUGUGUUUUCGGCAUUUCACCAGAAACACCUGGUCUUAUCCCAGGACGUACGCACAGGACAUUCGGACAGGGAUACUCUUUCCUCACUAUAUCUAGUAAGAAUGGACGGGUUUACUGGUUUUUCUUCACGAAGAUGGCUCGCAAAUAUGCCAGUCAUGAGAUUCCGCGUUUUCGUCCUGAAGAUGUAGAUGAACAUGUUGCGGCUUGGUUGCAGAAGCCGCUUACCGGAGAUGUACAUUUAGAACCGUCUACGAAAGAGCUUUUGUGA